AAUCAUGGGAAUUAUGUAGCAUAAUGAAAUACAUGCUGGGUUACUGCAUGGAGUACAAUGUUAAAGGCCAGAGGAUUCAGAAUAAUUAUUAUCGGAAUUGUUUGGUUUUGAAUCCUCCUUGUACAACAAGAUACAAGUCAACAGAGGCAUACAAAUAUCAAUCCUGCUAUAAAGCAGAGAAGAAAAACAGCUUCAAUUCUUCUAAGCUCUCUGAUACGACUUUAAUGCCUGCCAUCACUACAAAAAGCACAAAGGAUAAGAAUCAUAAUGAAAAACAGCAAAAUGGUUGGAUAAUUGUUCUUACAACGUCAAUUGUUUUCUUUGGAAUACUUGCAGCGGUUGUAAUUGGAUAUAUAAAGUGGAGAAGAAAGAAAUGGAAAAUAUAUAAGAUGCGAAUGUUUUAAACCCAACUUUGAAGAAAGCUGUAACAUCAUGUAAAAUAAAACCUUACUUUAUA